ACAAACGUCAACAUGUUUGUUUUCUAAAUUACAAGUUAAGUAAUAAUUUAUCGUUGGAAAAAUUCCAGUAGGUCAAUUAACUGUAUCAUUAGUUGUAUUAAGUACAUUUUGAUUUCUGGUACAUAGUAUGAUGGACAUUACAGAUAAAAAUCUAAAUAAAGUUCCAGAAGACGCUUCACAAGGCAAUAUUCCUAAUAAAGAUGGCUUCAAAACUAACGGCACCAAAGACACAACCUAUGCUAAGACCAUGUUAAAGGAGUUGCUGAGAUUUGACGUUCAUCAUCGAACUGAAAAGGAAUUACGGGAACAUGUCUCUCGACUUCACUGUUUGGUUAGAAAGGUGGUUUUAUUGCUGCUAGAGAAAAGUUCUCUUUGCAAAAAUUUGGAGGAACAACGAACAGCACUUACUCUACAGUGCACCUCGCUGAAGAAUCUAGUAGCUGUCACGAAGGACCUGUUGGCUUUGAGAAACACUGAAGUCGAACAACUCCAUAAUAAUAUACAAAUUAUGGAAGAUAGAAUUCAUUUGGAAAAACAUAAGCAACAGAAUAUUUUUAAUACUUUGUCUGAGUCUGCAAGGUUGAAUGAAGACAUUAAGGCACAGUACUAUUGUCAAAAGGAGAUGUUUAACGAUCUGCGAGCAAGGUACGAGGAGAAGGUGGCGCUCCUGGUGGCCGAGAACACGCAACUGUCAAGUUUAUUCGCGGAGCAGAACACUAACAUGGUGGGAGGAAGGGAGGGGAGACAUUGUGACAGUCCUGAAGAAAAAAGAGAAAGUGAGGAGUUAUUUGAUGUACUCGACGAACGUGAACUAUACGAGAUAUCUACUGAUAUAGCAAGACACAUAGGUGAUAGAAAAUCUUUAUGUGAGAUUCAGACUAAUAAAGAAGAAAAUGUAGUACCGAAAGAUCCUAAUAUUGAUAAACCUUAUCCUGAUGUUGUCACUGAUGCAGUAACAGAGAAACAAAAGGGAUAUGGAGAGGGAGAAGUACAAGUAGGAGUAAUAAUGAAACUCGAGGGAGAUAACGAAGAGAAGAUUACCACAUCAGGGUCAGAGAUCAUUCAAUCUCAGGAACUCACAGAAAAUGUUAUGGACAAGGAAAUAGCAGAACACACAGGACAGGGGGAGGGGGAGACGUCUUGUUUUACAGCUGAUAUAUGACAUAUUUACACACUUAUUAUUAAACCCUUUGUUUGAUUAAAAACUAGAUAUCUUUUAUCACAUAUUACUCAGUUAUCCUAUUUAAUAAUGUCUGAUACAGAUUUAAUUCUUAGGAAUGUUAGUGGAAUAUUUUUCUUCGUUCUAUGCAACCUUACUUAAUAUAAAUGUUA